AUGCCUGAACCCAUAAAAGGGCGUUUAUUGAACCUAUUCUCACGAAUGAUGAGAGCUUCGAAGCUGUGCAGGUCAUUGCUACCAAUGCUAACGUCCGCACAACGGCUGCAUCUGACGUAUGUUGUAAUGCGACAAAUUGCAUUGGAUUUGGGAGCAAUUUCGUUAGUGAGGGAGGACAUGGAGCCUGCACGGCAAAGCGUGGGGGACUCUCUCAUUAGCCUGGGUCAUGAGUGUCUUGAAGGCAAUGGCAGUGGCGCAAAGUAUGAAGGCCUUCGCCCCGCGAUUCGCGAACUGAUAGCUUUAGUUGAUAAACUCAAACUGCCGCGACGAGUACAACACGAAUAUGAUUCUCUGAAGUACAGAAAAAAGAUGUCCACCAUGAUGGGUACUGCUGGCAUGGUGCUGAAAAAUUGUUUAGGCGUUUUGGAGGGUUUACUUCAAUCCAGUUGCGGAGACUCAUUGGAGCUGCCAUAUGCCGUGGUUCAGCAGCAGAUCGGUGUUCUAGAGGCGCUGUACCGCGUACACGCGAGCCACAUAAACAGAGAUAGACCACUUCGUAAGCACAUCAUAGAGUGCCAGGAACAAACUGGCACGCAUGAGCUUCUCAGUUACCAGUUAGCGCAGACGUCCUACAAGGUGAUCCCGAAACUGCAAGACUUGCAGAAACAGAUGAGAGAAGCAGUCAGCAGCGCCGGCGGCCUUCUACUACUGCAACAGCCAAAUGCGCGACAAAGUCACGGCACUAGCAGGAGGUUCGUUGGAAAAAGUCAACUGCGAGAGGCCUACCCUGAAGCACUGCAUGGACAAAGGGGGCAGCACCACAUGCUGCAAGGAAGCUCUGCGGCAGCGGAACAGCAAGCGCUUCACUUCGCAGCUUCAUUAGUGAGCGAAAACGUCUACGGAGGUCCCUCUUUGCCUUCUUCUGCGUAUCCACUGUGGCAACCUUGGCAGCCGCCUUACCAAGGCCACGAAUCAGCUGCGCAGCCCGUGCCGCAAGGCACUAGUAGUCCUUGGAAUCAGCAGUCACAGUCAGUCUCAUCGCCAUCACUUCAGGCAUCGGGUGGUUCUGCAAUGCCUUGGAUGCACACAGCACACCAACGCAUUCAAGGCGCAGGUCCCCGUCUAUCGUUGGCACCUUCUCUCCUUGCGCGUCCUUAUCGUCUUUGGGCUACUCAGUCGGCUGAUUCUGCCUUUUCUUUGGGUCGGUUACAACGGCACACACUUUCUGGGUGUGUUGUUCAAGCGCCUUUGGGGCCCACUGCACAGCUGCGACAAAGGGCUGGAGCUGAGCAGCCUGUGACGUUUGAGUCACCACCUGCAAGCUCCCGCAGAGUUGAGUAUAGCCCUUUCAGACAAGGAAGCAGUCCUUCCUUGUUGCCAUUUACGCGAGCAACGGUCUCGUCUCUCGAAAUGCGUAAAACUUCAGGCUGCGGCCGUGCGGGCAAUCGAAGGCAAGGAGUGCGUCGUACCCGCGCCUGUGACCCGGAUAAAGGAGAGAGCAGCCGUGAGGCUGGACGCUAUGGUGAAUGCCGCUUGUGA